CAGGAAGGUCCCGCCUCCCUCCAGACUGAAUAAACAGGCAGGAAGAAAGCAUUGCAACAUGGGCAUUUUUGUUUGGCGAAGCUCUCUAAGCAUGACAAACAUCAGAUGGCUACAUCACCGAUGCCUGUCUCUAUAUAACAGCAGCCAUGGCUUUAAUGAAGCAAAAAUUAAGAAAAAACUUGCACAGUUUACUGGUGGAUCAGUAGAUCUUUCUAAAAGCGAUGAUGGCAUUGCCGAGAUCUGCAUAAAUAACCCUACCCGCAUGAAUGCAUUCACAGGAACAAUGAUGAUUGAGCUGGAAGAACGGAUAAGUGAUCUUGAGAACUGGCAGGAUGGGAAAGGGCUCAUAGUUUAUGGUGCUGAAAAUACCUUUUGUUCUGGCUCUGAUCUGAAUGCAGUUAAAGCAAUCUCCAAUCCACAGGAGGGAAUGAUGAUGUGCAUGUUAAUGCAAAAUACACUGACAAGACUUCAGAGAUUGCCUCUUGUUAGCGUAGCAUUAAUCCAGGGAAAAGCACUUGGUGGUGGUGCAGAACUUUGUACAGCGUGCGACUUCAGGUUAAUGACCGAAGGAAGCGAGAUAAGAUUUGUCCAUAAGCAGAUGGGUCUUGUUCCAGGCUGGGGUGGUGCAGCAAGAUUAAUUCAUAUUGUUGGAAGCAGACAUGCACUUAAACUUCUCAGUGGUGCACCCAGAGUACAACCUGAAAACGCAUUAGAACUGGGGCUAGCUGACAAUAUUUUAACAGGUACCGAAGCUGGAGUUUUGUCAGAAGCAAAGAAUUGGAUAAUGCCCUACAUCAAAGGGCCAUCAGAUGUAACCAGAGCAGUGAAAAAAGUUAUAAUUUCAGGUAGAGAGCAGAACCUUGAAGAUGCAUUAAGAACGGAGAAAGAAAUAUUUGGAACUGUGUGGGGGGGACUUGCCAAUUUACAAGCUUUGGCAAAAGGAACAAAACACAAAUAAUUAUUCUGACAAACUGCUCUCUCUGAUUUCAAUAAUGUCUGUUUGGGUCGCAAGGUUAAACUUGUCCGAUGACUUGAAAUAAUAGUUCUCUAGUAAAUUUUUAAAAUAAGAGUCCAAAUAAAACUGAAUUUCAGAA